AUGAGACAAGGCGAAGAGACAGAGAUGGAGCAGGGAGGAGUGGCUCCAGAGCCAGUGCCGCAAACCAAGAUGCAAGCCAUAAAUGUUCAGAUAGAUGAAGUAAAAGGCCAGAUGAUAAGAAAUGUGGACAAAAUGGUGAACGGAUUGGAAAAGCUGGAUGAGCUUGUCAUGAAGACAGGGGAAAUGGAAAAAUCGGCUCAGCUAUUUGAGAGGACCGGUAAGAAAGUGGCUAGCUUCUACUGGUGGAAGAACGUCAAGCUGAUGGUGUUGGUCGUUGUGGUUGUCCUCAUCAUCAUCCUAGUCGUCGUCCUGCUGGCCACUGGAGUUAUCCCCACCAGUCCCCGAGUGCCUCCUAUAGUCACUCCCACCUCCAAGCCAUAA